AUGUUAGAAGAUCUACGAAGAGAACCUAGUGGAAAGUUUGAAAACUUUUGUCGAAUGUCUGCAACAGACUUUGAAUACCUCAUAAAUAAAGUAGGCCCAUUGAUAGUGAAGACUGAUACCACUAUGAGAAAAGCCAUACCAGUACAAGAAAGAUUAGCUGUAACAUUAAGAUUUUUGGCUACUGGAGACAGCUUUAAAAGUUUGUCUUUUCUGUUUAAGAUAUCAUCUCAAACCGUUUCAAGAUGUGUACAUGAGACUUGUAUUGCAUUGAUUGAAAUACUUAAAUAUGAAAUAAAGGUAAGCAACUCAAAAAUUAUUUAA